UUUUACGACGUUUGACAUUUUAAAACACAGUUUUAAACUUCAAAGUGACACAUUAUGUUGACGUUACUUUGUAAAUAUUUAUGUUUCAGUCGGGUUUGGGUUUAUCAUCACGUGUUUUUUAUGAAAGUAGAAUCAUUAAUUCAAUGAAAUCAAAAAAAUCUCUGUUGUCUAAUACAAUAACAUAUUUCUGAGGAAAGUUAUCUUAACAUUUCUGUUUCUGUGUUUUUUAUGUUGUGCUUCAUAAUUUACCAACAUUGAGAAUGUUUUUCCAGUGAUAAGAUUACUUAAAUAUAAUCAUACGAUUGGUUCAUAUUUAUCUAUCAAAAGUAUUUGGGUAAUGUAAAAGUUAUGUUACAUUUGAGACGUUUUCAAUUUUCAUAGUAAUCAAUGUGGAAUCUAACUACUUUAAUACGUGAGUUUUUUCUAUAAUUUUUGUUGUGAAUUUGUUGCGAGGUUAAUUUUAAACAGCCUUGAAUCCCCACCAUUGAUUGUGAUUCAUACAUUGAAGUUAAAGUCGGCGCCGCGCCGGCAAUGAUGUCAUAUCAUAAACAUUCGACGAGUGUACGUGUGCGGUCGUCAUCAGUGCGAGCUCCCAAUCUUAACGAACUUGUUUAAUUGUUCUAGUUACAUUUCUUUUGGUAUUAAAAACCAUUGACACCAGUGAACACAAAAUGGAUUCAAAGGCCCUCUCAUCUGCUAUUGCCCAAUUUUCAGCCAAAUUCUGUGUUGAAUUGGAAAAGGGUAAAAGUGUGGUGUCUUCACCACUUUCAGCAGAGUUUGUGUUAGCCCUACUGACUCUGGGUACUACAGAACCGGCACAUACUGAGCUCCUGACUGCUCUUGGUAUCCCAGAUGAUGAUUCUAUCCGUUCAUCAUUCACCGAGGUGUCAUCCAAGUUGAGGUCAUUGAAAGGAGUUACAUUUAAUGUGGCAAAUAAAGUGUACCUCAAGGAUGGUUCCUAUGACCUUCAACCUUCUCUGAAGGUUGACGCUGAGAAAGUCUUCAAUGCAGGUAUUGAGAAGAUUGACUUUAACACUGGAGCAGCCGCUGUUGAAGUUAUUAACAAAUGGGUUGAAAGUCAAACCAAUGAAAAGAUUAAAGAUCUGCUUUCGUCAGACAGUGUGGAUAGUGACACACGAUUGGUCCUCAUCAAUGCUCUCUAUUUCAAAGGAACAUGGCAGAAGCAGUUCGAUCCACAAAACACGAUGAACCAGCCGUUCCACAUUACUGCCGACUCUUCGGUGGAGGUCCCUAUGAUGUACAGAGAGGACGACUAUUUGUAUGGAGAGAGUAGCGAGCUUCAAGCUCAGCUCUUAGAAAUGCCUUACCAAGGAGGAGAAGCGUCCAUGUUGAUUGUGCUUCCAAAUGAAAUCGAGGGUCUCGACGGCGUCCUCUCCAAACUGGCGUCUGGCUUCGACCUGAUGUCGGAAAUUGGCAAAAUGCACAAAACUAAAGUACAAGUGACAAUCCCCAAGUUUAAGAUUGAGACUGAGAUUGACUUGGCUGAUUUGUUGCCGAAGCUCGGAAUAAAGUCGAUUUUCGACCGUGCGAAUUCGGGCCUGACCAAGAUUCUAAAUGCGGAUGAGCCGUUGUUCGUGUCGAAGGCAGUGCAGAAAGCCUUCAUUGAAGUAAACGAGGAGGGCGCUGAGGCCGCCGCGGCUACCGCUAUGGGGAUCGCCAUGUAUUCGCUUAUGGUCAACGUCAACCCCGUGCCUGCUUUCAUCGCUGACCGACCCUUCAUAGCUGCAAUCCUUAUUGACAGACAUAUUGAGUUUGUCGCAGCUUACCAUGCAAACGAAGAAUAAUUCAUUUAUCUAUCAAUAAAUACUUUUGU